AUGAAUGAUCCCAACGAUAAAUUCAUGGCACCACCCAUUGGGAUUGAGGAGAGGACUGGUGGAUCUUGCACGUCGACAGAUGUUUCCUCCCCUGGCACCAUUCCGCCGUCAACUUCAUUGGAGUCGGGCCAGGACAUGGAGACUGCCCUUUGGCCGGUUGAACAACAAGGUGGAAACAACAACUCGGUUAUUUUUGAUGUUGGGAAUAGCGUGGAAGCAAGAUUGGCCCAAGAAGCCGUGGCUAAUGUGCCCUUUCCCUCGUCAGGUCUUAUCAAUGAGGGGUGUACGUGUUACCUGAAUUCCCUUCUGCAGCUCUUAUUCCACCUUGGCUACUUCCGCGCUGCCGUCUAUCGCAUGCCGGAGGAGGGGGAGGAGGAGGAUGGAAGCUGCAGUAUUUCCGAGGCACUGAAAGAACUCUUUUUCCACAUGCAGGAACGUACGACACCGGGACACACGAAAAAGUUGACUGCCGCAUUUGGAUGGACAGAGCGGGAAUUGUUUAUCCAACAUGAUAUUCAGGAGAUGGCAACGCUGCUGCGUGAUAAUCUGGAGGAGAAAAUGAAGGGAACAGUUACAGAGGGGGCGAUCAAUCAACUGUUCGAAGGACGUGGAGAACAGGUGGUGAUGACGCUUGAUAAAACAUACGUGUCAAGGAGUCGUGACAUCUUUUACGACAUUCACUUGCCACUGAGCCCACAUGUUACCCUCAUUGAGAGCCUUCGCUCGCUGACAGUAAAGGAGCAGUUGGUCGGGGACAAUAAAUAUCGUGUCGAGGAGCUCGGAAAGGAGCCAGAGUACAAGGAUGCAGAGAAGAGUUAUGAGUUUUGCCGUUUCCCACCCGUUAUUUGGUUUCACCUGAAGCGGUUUGAAAUGAAUCUCAUGUCACCUUCGUUGGAGAUGAAAAAGGUGAAUAAUCGUCUUGAAUUCCCUGUGGAGUUGUGUUUGCAGGAGUUUGAAAAGGGGGGUGAGAACUGUGAGGUGGGAAAGAGGCAAAAUGAAGAGCCGAAGGGAAAUACGGGAAAUCAUGCGGAAGAAAUGAUAGAAAAGCAAAAACGGCAGCAACAACAACAACCGUUCAGUACAAAUUCACCGGCAAUUUAUGAUUUACAAGGGGUUAUUGUGCAUCGUGGCUCAGUACGUAGUGGUCACUACUACUGCUACAUUCGACAAUGGGACCCUGUACAAGAAAGUUUUGUACGCUGGAUUGAGUAUGAUGAUGAUAAAGUGACUGUUGUUUCAGAGGAUUUGGCGGUUAGUAACAACUUUGGUGGUUGUGUGACGCGUCAAGGUCGUCAAUCGUCUGUAAUGGCCACGAAUAACGCGUAUAUUUUGUCCUAUGUACGGCGUGCGGAUUGUGCAAAGGUGUUGGCAUCUCCAUCGGCGGAUAGUAUUCCCCAGCGCGUGUGGAACGCAUUCCAGCGCGAGGUGUUGGAGGAUAAUCGCCGGCUGCAGAUGGAGAAUGAGCAGCGCCGUAAAAUGAACCUGGUCAUAUUUACGGACGAACUUAUCCGCGAGCACGUGGAGCAGUUUCAGAGUGAAACCUUCCCUAGAGACAUAAGAGCCUCCGCAAAGCUUGGUAUUGAACUCGGGAUAGAAAAGCGAGACCCGGUGCGUUUGGUGUACGAAGUGAUUGCCGCACACAAACAGCUGAAGUCACUGCAAUUAAACCCCGGCGAAUUUCGCCUGUGGCGCUCCAUAGCAAAUCGAAGUAUUCGGCCAAAUUUGCCGCUCAAAACAUAUGAGGCCUGUGGUGACACGUUAAUGGCAGAAUAUCUUGACAAGGGCGAGGAGCUGAAUAGCCCCAUGACAUCUAUCUUUGUUUACCUCCAGCUACCGACCAUGCUGCCGCCAUUCCCAGUGACGGAUGCGACAUCAUUUAUCUUGCAGUCCCAGAAAAGCGAGGAAGUGAAUGAAAUUGCCUGCUCCAUUUUGCUGCGCCAGUCUGUCAAACUGGAUAGUGUCAAUCUUUACUUGGAGUAUGGCUGUUACCGGAGGUCGCAAUUCUUUGUCUACUUGGAACUCCGCAGUGAGGAGGGGUUUCUGCUUGAGUACAAAGAUCGGGGUUACACAAAUGAACGCACGGUGUUUAAUUUUAAAGUCAACCCAGAGUUACAGAAUAUACUGGGCCUUGUGUAUCGGAUUGAGAUGCCAAAGGCAGCGGCAAGCGUGAGGGUGCGUGAGAUACGUUUAGGUGCUCCCGCCACGGCAUUGCCGACUCUUCAGCCAACAUAUCACCCUGGUGAGGCGGUGUUACCGGAAGCUAACGAAGAAAAUGUAUUGAUCUUCUUUAAAUACUUCAACUACAUCACAUGUCGUCUGAUCUACGCUGGAUCGGCGAUCGUACCACUGACAGCUACAAUAGAAGCCUGUGGAAAUGUGCUUCGCCAGUUGUUGGAUGAAGACGGUGCAACGACGGAACCUAUUCAAAUGCUCGAGGAAAAGCACGCAACGGUGCGUCCGUUACGGAAUGAUGAGACGAUUGCCUCCGCCCGUAUUACAUCUGCAGCUGUGCUAAUUGGUCAACGGGAAGAGACACCACUGGUUUGUCGUUAUCCAAGAGUUGAGGAAUAUCUUAAUGCCAUUUUGCAUGCCAUUCUUGUGCGCAUAGUACACAUCAAAUUUGAAAAAAAUACCACCCCACAUUUGUGGAUGUUUGAUAGCAGCGGCACCAGUAUUAAUGGUGGUAGUGUUAUUAGUACUAGCAGCAGUGGUAGUAGUAGCAGUAACAUUAAUUUUAAUACAACUGGAAGAAGUGGAAGUGCUGGUGGUGGUGGUGGUGGUGGUGGUGAUAAUAAUAGUAAUAGUAGUGGUAUUUUGGUUGGAAGCGAUCGUGAGGGAGGCGUAGUUGGAGAUUCCUCAGUGGUGGAGUUUGUGUUAUGCACAAAAGAUGAAGAGAAGGAAUGCUGCGAUACCAGCUUCUACGCAUCGAGGAGGUUUGAUGUCAAUGAAAUAUAUAUGCGGAGCAUGAACACUCAGUGGAGCUACGCAGAGGUGUGUGAGGUAAUUGGUGCUGCGAGUGGGUUUGAUCCCAAUUACAUUCGGUUGUAUCGGGGUGACGCCAAUGCGAGAGAGCAGGUGUCACCAGAGGCGGACCCCUCACCGAGCACGAUGAGUUUUGGGGAACUUUUAGGUGGUGGAAGAAAUUGUGUUCUGUUCUUUGAAGUGCUACCAAAGCCACGGCGUGUCAUAGAGGCCAUGCCGAGGGUUAUUGUGACUGUCCGAACUGAAACGAACGAGCCUCUUUACACAGAGAAGAUUGUGAUGCGGCAAAAUGCAUCGUUUGGGGAUUUGGUGCGGGGAACGCUGGAGCGAUGCUCACGGAUGUUGCGGCGACGAAUUGCCACUACUGCUGCCGCCGCCGCCAAGGAUGGUAACAGCGGCAGAAUUAAUAAGAGCUGUGAUGGCUUUGAUAUUAACAGUGCCAACAUGGGUGAUGGCGUGGCAGUUCCUUUUAGGAUUGCUUCACAUUAUGUGAUUGUGGUAGUGGAUGUAGGUGUCGGUACCAUCCGGAAGAUUAUCGAAGCCCCCAUGACGCCAGACGGUAAGUGCAACUGUGGGCUGCCCAUUAAGGCGGAACGGGAGCCGUUGACACUCUCGCUUUUGCCCGCGCAGCCACUGAUGGAAAAUGAAUUUCGCCUUGCGUGCUGUCACGGGGACUGGCCGGGUGACAUGUACGGAUGUCAGCCCUUUAUAUUCGGCCAGCCUUUUUUUGUGACAAUCAACAACGCCACCACCGUCUCGGGGGCGCGAGAAGUGUUGCUCGAGUACUCUGGGGUACCACCAGACGAAGUAGCGUCGUCGCGCUACGGAGUGGUGAUGUACACAGACAUCGUCAGGCACUUUCCAAACUGGAAUGAGCGGCUCUACCUGUACUGGAAGAAUACGGAGAACAGCAGCGGCCGGAUCCCCACACUGCUGCUGAAUCACAAGCGGCCGAGAGAAAAACCGGGGUCCCGUUAUGUCGUGCAGAAUAAUCCCGCCCUACGGAUAUCAAAGAAAUGA